GGUCUACAGUUGUCAUCGUAAGAAUGAUCAAGUUGAGUGUUACUUUGCUCUUCAUUGGAUUGUCUCUGUUAGCAGUUUGCAAUGGAUCACCAUUGUCCGGAAAGAGUUCCAAUUCGAAUGAAUUAAAUGGAAUGGCCAAUAUUCUGGGAGAAAUACGUGAACAGUGCAUAAAAAACACUGGCUCCGAUGAAGCCUUCGAUGGUUUCAUGAUAUCAUCUCAACUUGCUAUGAUGUGUGUAGGAAAUAUAGAUAUAGAAAAUUUCUUGAUCGAUAUCUUUCAAUUAACCAACGCAACGCGAGGUACAUUCUUCCCCAAAUACUGUCAAGAGAUGCGAUCGAUCGUCUCCUGUUUGAAUGAAAUGCUGCCGGGUAUGCAACCAUGUCUCAAGGAGAGUUCGUUCCAGAUUGCUGAUGCAUUCAUUGAAAGUCUACCGGAAGCCUUGGAUCUUGCGUGUAAGAACGAUGGAGAAGUCAUUAUGAAACUGGAAGACAAAGAUCGCAAAGAGUGUAUUAAGCCAAAUGCUGAUCAAUUUUGGGAAUGUGGUGACAUGCUGACGAAUGGCAUCGACAAUGCAUUUGAUCUUUUUAAACUGAAUCUGGACCACUGCAGCGAGCUUACUAGCUAUAGAGAGUGCAUAAACGAACAACUAGAACCUUGUGAUUUAUUGGACAUUGUAAACAUCUUCGAUAUACCCAUCAAUGCAAUAUUACCCCUGACCCCUUGCGCCAACCACACAGACACGCCAAAUGUUUACCAACUCGUUAACAACUCAAUUGUCAGGAAUUAAAAAAGAAGGGAAAAGAUAAGGAGUAUAGUUGGACUUAUCAAUCACCGAUACCUUUUUUGUAAUAUAUCGCUUGGAAAUGCUAACGUUAUUCAAUUAGCAAACACUUCGCAUUAAUAAUAAGAGGAAGGGUCUCCGUAGCACAUA